CGUAACUGCUUAUGAUAACGAGGGUAGCCACCAGAGAUUGCACCACCACACUGAAACUAAAAACAGAUAUAAGGGUUAAUAGAAAGCUUUGACUUGGCCAGUUUAAUACUUGAGUUUGGAAUUCCAAGGGAACAUACACAGAUUUUAGUUUAAAGGUAUUUAUACAUAGAAAUUUUAUAAAAUAAAAAAUGGCUUUAGCUGAAACAGAUAAGACAAAAUCUCACAUAUCAUCAUGCCCUUGGGGCAAUCUUCCAAAACAAAAUACAGAACCAUCUUCAUUUUCAUCACUAAUGGAUGAAGAAUAUGCCAAGCAAAUGCAGGCAGAAGAAGAAACUUCAAGCAAAAACACUACUGAAGGAAGUUUCAAAGCAGAUUUAUUUAGUGAAGGUCUGUUGGAUUCAAAUGAUGCUGGGAAUGAUCUUUUAUUGGCCCAAAUGCUGCAGCUUGAGUUUGAUAAAGAAUAUGAUGACUAUGUUAAAUGCCAGGAGAAGGUCUUCAACAAGAACAGUAAUGUGAAGAUAUCUUAUGAAAAGUAUCGCUCACGUCACCCAUAUGAAGAUGAAUCAUCUGAAAGCGGCCAAGAUGAUUAUGAUGAUGAUGAUGAUUACCCAAAUCCAUCAGAUGAAAGGACUGUGACAAAGAAACGCCCAGUUGGACCAGGUUCUGAUAUGGUCACAAAACAUGAUGCCAUCGUAUGUGGCCGGAAAAACGCAAAACAUGUUGAGAACUUUCCGCCAAACUUUGCCAGUGGGGAUGUUGCUUCAAAAGACCUGGACAUCAAAUUACCCAACCAUGUUUACAACACUCUUAAAUUGCACUCAAUGAAAGAGGAAAAACACAGUCAUAAAGUGACAGAGAAAAAAGAGCAUUCCACACAUGAGCAAGCUUUGGAUUCUAAAACUAGAAUUAUGCUGUACAAACUAGUUAACAGUGAAGUUUUGGAUACAAUUAAUGGUUGCAUCAGCACUGGCAAAGAAGCUGUUGUUUUCCAUGCUAAAGGAGGGACUUACGAUGGUGAAGUUUUUCCUGACGAAUGUGCUGUUAAAGUUUACAAAACAACGCUAAUUGAAUUCAAAACUAGAGACAAGUACAUCAAAGACGACUUUCGAUUUCGAGAUCGGUUCAGCAAACAAAAUCCAAGAAAAAUUGUUCGUCUUUGGGCUGAAAAAGAAAUGCGUAACUUAAAAAGGAUGUACGAGAAUGGAAUAAGCUGCCCAAAAGUUAUGCUUCUGAGAAAACAUAUCCUUGUUAUGAGCUUUGUUGGCCAAAACCAGAAGCCAGCGCCAAAAUUAAAGGAUGCCAAAUUGUCAAUUGUUGAUCUAACCAUCGCUUACGAACAAUGCAUCGAGAUGAUGCAAAAAAUGUUCAAAGAGUGCAAUUUGGUCCACGCUGACUUGAGUGAAUACAAUAUGCUUUGGCAUGAUGACAAACUAUGGGUCAUUGAUGUCAGCCAAUCAGUGGAGCCCACCCAUCCACGUGCGUUGGAAUUUCUGGUUAGAGACUGUACCAACGUGGUCAACUUUUUCACGAAGUCUGGUGUACAUGGAGUCAUGAGUGUGGAGAAACUGUUUAACUUUGUGUCGGGGUUGGAGAUUUCUGGAGAAAAGGAAGAUUUCCUUAAUCAGAUACGUGACUUUGAGAACAACGAAGAACUUCUGACGCAUGGAGUCACCGAAAACAUGACAAACUUUGACUAUCUUUUUGAACUAAGCAAAAGAGAAAAUUCAGAUGAGCAGACAGCAGACCAUGCUUCCUCUGAAGAUUCCUCAUAACCAGAAUUGUACACUAAUUUCCAAAGUAUAUAAUGUGUGAUUUUUCUGAGUCGUUUACGUUAAACGUCGUUUGAAGUAUCAAAUAUUGUUAAUAUUUGUUUUGUGUAAAAGUUGUAAUCACUGCUUGUUUCAAUUAAUAUAAGUGCUGUGUGAUGUAAAUUGAAUUGUUGGAUUAUAUUUAACCUCUAUAUGCUUAA